CGCCUGUGGAUUAGAAUCACUAUGUGAGGGGUGAAUGUGUUACUCCCAUCGACGAUUCCCUCCUUCUGAUACCAGCGUUGAUCCACUACUCUUACCAACCCCCUUUUUCGGCGCUCAGCAGGCAGGAGAGACCCAGCGACCGGAGACCCUGAUGGCGCGGCAACCGUCCUCCACUACCGCCCGGAAUAGUAACGCUUCGUCGUUCCACGCCGACCCACCGCUUUGGACCGGGUCGUCCAGAGCUUCCAACCCGAUGACUCCCCUUUCCUCCACCCCUCAGAGACCGCUGUCUGCAUUCCUCAUGCCCCCUAGUCCGAACGAUGGUCGCCGUGGCAGCGCGGAGUACCGCCCGAGCAUCCGCAAGGCGCAGGGCCAUGUGCCAGCGUGCCUAGUCAACGCCUCAGUGACGUAUUGCAAUAACGACCAGCUGUACGCUUUCGGCGGGUUCGACCAAUAUACCGAUGAAGUGUACAACCACGUCCUGCGAUUGAAUUUAAAUACUCUUCGGUGGGAGCUAAUCGACAACUAUGGAGAUAUCCCCGGUGUUCGCAUGGGUCACACGGCUACUCUGUACCAGGGUGAUAAAUUGAUUGUGUUCGGUGGAGAAAAUGAGCACCGCGAGUAUCUCUCCGACGUUGUUAUCCUGGACAUCUCUAGCUCUACCUGGACCCAACCGGAAAUCCGCGGAUCUAUCCCACGUGGAAGGGCUCGCCAUGCGGCCGUUAUCUAUGACGAAAAGCUCUUCAUCAUAGGCGGUGUUACUGGAGAAAACAAUGUUAUUCUGGACGACCUGACGUACCUGGACCUGAAAACUUGGACCUGGUCGCGAACUUGGAGAUUCACGGCCCGGUUUGACCAUAUCGCCUGGGUUUGGGGUGGUCGCCUCUGGAUCUUUGGGGGGCUUGAUCCCGAUAUGGAGCGCACGACCGAUAUCUGGUGGCUGGAUCUCAAAGGCAUACCGGCUCUUGGAAUGACAACUUCGCAAGAUGCGAUGCUUAGCAGUCCACCACAACCGCUGUCCGGCCGGUCCGGUAACUAUGCAGCAAAUUCCGGGAGCGUACAGGUGCGCAAUAACAACCGACGGAGACCGAUCGCUCCGGGCGCCAUUUCUUGUCUUCGGUUCAAAUCUGGUCCCCAUGUUCCUGCGCUGUUUUCUGGCACCCACUUCCAGGCCUACGCAUCCGGUGUGCUCCUGGAUCUCAUAACUCCAUCUGAGACGGUGCGCACGUAUGAGUGCAACCUGUCGUCCCUGGACCUGGAUGCGUUACGCUGGCAACGGCUGGCGGACGGACAAGAGAUCUUCAAGCCGGGAUUUCGAUGGCAUUACUGUACCGUAAAUGCGAGCGGAACCAAAGCGUGGCUGCUAGGCUGCAGUCUCGACGUUGGCGCCACUCCCGGAACCAGUGAUGAAAACCACAUGAGCGAGGUGCUUUGCAUCGACCUGGAGAGAUACGGUCUACUGGGCAAUGAAAUGGCCGCUUUCUCACCCAACCAAAGCAGGAUGACUCUUUCGGAUCAGACCGGGAUGCCGCCUCUCUCCGGCCUUGGGGCUGACCUCUCCGCGGUUUUCGAUCAGCCACCCGAGUCCGGUAGCGAUGCCGACUUCAUCAUCACUGCCAAUCCGGAUGACCAUUAUGAGGACAAUGAUGAUUCUGAGGAUGAUCCUGCCCCGCAGCCCGAGCCAGCAUUUCUGUCCCCCAACGCGGCUACGUCCCCUCCGAUCCACGUACACCGGAUUAUUCUGCAGCUGCGGUGGCCGCAUUUCAAGAGACUGUACUCCGCCCAGAUGGCCGAAUACCAUUCGAAGAGAAUGCAUAUUCCUGAGCCGUACUCUGUUGUCCGUGCGUUCAUAUACUAUCUGUACACGGACAGCAUUGCAGGCCAUCCGGAGUACUGCUCUGACAUCAUUGACGUUGCGGGGAUGCUUGUCAUGGCGAAUCUGUACGACAUGCCCAAACUGCGUCUGCUGUGUGUCAACCGCUUGAGCCGCGAACUGGAUGUGGAGAACGCCGCGAUCAUCUGGGAGCGCGCCGGCCGUACAAACGAGGAAUGGCUGAUGCGUCGUGCAGCGCAAUUCUGCCUGGGUAACUGGGGCCGUGUUGUACGAACGGAAGGCUUCAAGUCUCUCAGCCGGCAGAGCCUGAUCGAACUCUGCGAGGUGGUCGACACGGAGGGUCGGAUCAUUGCCGGGCCCGAACUGGAGAUGGUCGGAGCGCUGGGCGAGGGGCUUGGGGCCAACAAGGAGUCGAAGCCGUCGCAGAUGACGCUGAACGGCGCUACAGCUGACAACGCAGACGAUUUUGACGGCGAUGAAAUGGACGGGAUGGAGAUUCUGUGAUUUGGUUCUGAAAAGUUGUUUUGUUGAGCCAGACUGAGACAUUUCUUACACAUUUCUUACACAUUGCUUCAGAUUUUGUGCUUUCAUACAGCAUUGAUUACAUGGCGGCGUGAUUCUGGAUGGGGGGCGUAUGGAUCAGGAUGAGCAUUACGGGACAGGAGUUACGAAGGACAUGGCUGGGGCGUGUUACUAGUAUGAGAUUGAUCAAUGCGAUGAUUUAUUUGCA